AUGUCGGAGGAGGUGGGGAAGUCGCUCCAGGCCGCGCUCCAGCGGAUCUCCCAAGCUGCAGCACGCCGACACAAGACUCUGCCCUGUGUGAGUCCGCGCCUUGUUGCCGUCAGUAAAACCAAACCUCCGGAGAUGGUGGUGGAGGCCUACAAACAUGGACAACGCAACUUUGGAGAGAAUUACGUGAAUGAACUGGUGGACAAAGCCUCAGAUCCACUUAUUUUGGAAUCCUGUCCAGACAUCAAAUGGCACUUCAUCGGACAUCUCCAGAAAAACAAUGUGAACAAACUCUUAGGCGUCCCAAACCUGUUCCUGGUGGAAACGGUGGACUCUGUGAAACUGGCGGAUAAGGUUAACAGUUCAUGGGAGCGCAUCAGAGGAGGCAGUGCUCAGAGACUGCGCAUCAUGGUGCAGCUCAACACUAGCGGAGAGCACAGUAAACACGGCCUGCCCCCGGAGGACACCGUGUCCACCGUCAAACACAUCGUCUCUCGCUGCACUGCGCUUCACUUCACUGGACUCAUGACCAUCGGCCGCUACGGCUACGACCUGAGCCUGGGACCCAACCCCGACUUCCAGAUGCUGCUCAGCCGCCGGCAGGAGCUGUGUGAGAGCCUGAAGAUGCCCCUGGACGAGGUGGAGCUCAGCAUGGGGAUGUCCAACGACUUCGAACACGCUGUUGAAGUGGGCUCCACAAACGUGCGUGUGGGCAGUAUUAUAUUUGGGAACAGAGAUUAUCCCAACAGUGCAGCCAACACGCCCACCCCCAGCCCUGAGAAGACCUCCAAAGUGCUGUCUGAAGAGGCGGCGCAGAAGAUGCAGCACCUGACAGUCUCCGAGCACUGA